AUGUCUGAACCAAGUUCUGUUUGGGAUUUAUUUACUGACGAGGAAACCUUUGAAUCCUUUGACACCAUUUUGGACAAUCCAUCAACGACUCUUGAAGACAUUCUGGAUCAGGAUACUCUUCUCCAAGAGGUGAAAUCUCUCUCUCCGAAACUCAUUCAAUAUUUGACUUGUUCUAAAACUCUUCGUAAACUCAUUGAUUACAUCACCACAGAACAAUACUUUGAGGAUGAUAUCAAGAAUAAUACUACCAGUAAAAAGAAGCCAGUUAAUUUCUUUGAUGAUGAUUUUGGAUUUGACGACAACUUUGGAAGCCAAUCAUCCGAUAGCAGUACUACCAAUGGCACCACCGCUACUAGUAGCAUUAGACAACAGGCUUUGCAAGCAGAGGAAAAGAUGAAACAAGAAUACCUUUCCGUAUCCAGUAUCAAGGAAAAACUCGAUGAAUUAUCCAACAGACCUGAACUCAAAACUCUCUAUCAAUAUCCAUACGUAGUAGCUGAGAUUUUCGGUUGUUGUGUUGACAAAAUCUCCAAUGCUCUUGUACAUCAAACCGAAGAUGAAAACUAUCAACUGUACGGAGAACGAUUUUUGGACCUGUUGCUCGUCAAGUAUCUUCUUCUUAGAAAGCCACAUCAAAUUCCAAAGAAUAGAAGUCUUUCUCAGUACUUGUUCAAAGCUUUGAACGUACUAAUGGACAAACCAGAAAAAUAUUAUAUGGAUGUGGUAAAGAGAUUGAUGGAAAUUGUUGAUGACAGAGCUAUUCCAGCAAGUUUGAACGAAAAGGUUGACGAAAAUCUUUACUCAUCAUCUGAGGUAUUACUAGAGAGCCUUUUCGUUAGAAAUAUUGGCUUGUGUGGUAUCGAUAAUAUUUUGCUCAAAAUAUUAGGAAUGGAGUCAUCCAUAUUCCAAGAACAAACAGCAAACAUGCAAGAUUUUGGAGCUGUAGGAUCAUUCUCAAGUUUUGCUAGCACUUAUUCUUUCUCUGUGACCUCAAAUGACAAGUUUUCGUCUGAUGAGGAAGAGGAAGCUCCAGAAAUGAAAAUCUACAAGACAGUUCAGGAGUGGGCCUUUACAAAAUAUGGAUUAUAUUCAUCGCUUUUGAGAAAAUUAUCAUCAUACAUUUCUGAAAGUACCAAUGAUGAAUUGUUAAUAGAGAUUGAAGAAGAACAACAAAAUAUUUUCUCUCUAUUGUCUGUUAUUAUCGAGAAGGCCUUGCUCAAGAGACCAAGCUAUUGCUUGCCAAGUAUUGAGGCUGUUCUCUCUCCAGAAAAUAUAAGAACAUUGCUAGACAUUAUUUUAAAGUGUGACACAACCAAGGGAGCCCAAAAUUCUCUUUUUAAUUUGGGUACUACAUUUUUGAGACACUUACUCUCACAAGUGAUUUCUUCCAUUUCGGCAAUUUCUUCAAUGACAACAAUUGAAUAUGCCAACCUUUCAAGUACUGAUCUAAAGGUGUUGACACUCGGUAUUGACGCUUUGAAAGAGCUAACUUCAUCAUCACUUUUGACAAAGUUUGUUGAUAGAUUACAAGUAGUACCACAAGUACAUGAAAUUCAAGUUCUACAAUGUGGAGUACCUCUCAAGCAGCCACUAGGAGAGUCACGUUUGCUAGUUAUUGAAUAUUUAACAUCAGUUUUCAAUCAUUGCGUUUCUCUUCAACAAAGCUUGCAUAAUUUACAAAAAUCAAAGAACGAACGAGCUUCCGAACUUCAAACAACACUAUCAUCCAUAUUUACAGCAGCCAAAGCCAGUAAUAUUUCUCAUCAUAUCGUUCAAUUUUUCUUCCAAUACGACUUUAAUUCUUUACUUCACAAACAAGUCUAUUUACUGGUUGUAUCUAUUUGCGAGCUAACCAUUUCUGAAUCAGUCACAGCUGAAUUGAAGAACCAAUUAUUGUUCGAGGAAACAUCGCUAUGCAAACGUAUUGUUGAAAAGCAUGAGAACUUGAAAAAUUUUGUUGGACAAACUUUUAAAGGAACAGUAGGAAUGGGAUAUUUAUUUGAAAUGGCAGAAGUCAUUCAGACACGUAUUUCUCAGGCUGGUUCAUCCACCAACGAAGAAUUACAAAAUACAUUGACAUCUCUCAACUCGACCUGGAAACCAUUUGUCGAUACAGCACUCAAAGAAUAUAUUUCACUCAAAGAAAAACAACUUGGUGGAUCAGCUCCAAUUGGAAAACCUCACAGUAAUUGGAAUGUAGUGUCUGAAGGAAAUUCUCAGCACAUGAGUGGUCUCCACAUUGAUGAAGAGGACACAUAUUAA